AUGGAAUACCUAUCAAGAACCCUUAAUUUGGCCAGUGAAGAACUAGAGUUUAAAUUUCACCCUAGGUGCAGCAAAAUCAAACUCAACCACCUAGCUUUCGCAGAUGACCUUAUGUUGUCCUGCAAGGGUGACCUCCAAUCCAUCAGCAUCCUGAUCAAGACGGUCGAUUACUUCUCCUCAUGCUCCGGCCUCAAAGCAAACAACUCCAAAUCAGGUAUUUACCUUACAGGAGUCAGCAACGAGUUCAGAGCCCAGGCUGACCAAACCAUAGACUACAGCUUUGAGAGCCUUCCAGUUAAGUAUCUUAGGAUGCCUAUUACCUCAAAAAGGUACUCAGCCACAGACUAUGAGUAUUUGGUAGAUAAGAUGACAGCUCGAAUCAGAGUAUGGUAUGUAAAAAACCUUUCCUACACUGCUCGCCUCCAGCUAGUGAACUCCGUCCUAAUGAGUAUUACUAACUAUUGGUGUCAAGCUGUCAUCCUUCCCAUAAAGGUCAUCCGACAGGUGAAUGCAAUCUGCAGAUCUUUCCUUUGGUUUGGUUCCAUAGAGUCCAAGAACCUUGGGAAUAUCAGCUGGGAGAAAGCUAACCACCCCAGAAGUAGGUUCAUAGCCUGGUUAGCUUUCAACAAUCGACUGAAAACAAAACAUCGCCUAAAGCUUGCUGGGGUGGUUGACUCUGACACAUGCUCGAUCUGCAAAUUGGAGAGUGAAACAGUGAACCAUAUCUUCUUCCAAUGCCGCUUUAGUCAAGAAUGUCUAGCCUAUCUAAAGAAGCGUUGGGCAUGUCCUCCUGACAUAGAUAGCUUCGCCUUUAUGUAUAGCUUUUUUGAGGUUUCCCGCUUUCCUCCCUUGCACAUGAAGAGUGACACUUUGAAACCCUUCCUAGAAGAUGGACUCUGUGUUCACACUGAUGCAAACAUGGGGAGAUAA